AUGCAAAAUCCAUCGACUGGGACACCUCUGCUACUUCUCCUCCUCCUCCUCCUUGCCUUUACGUCUCACUUCGCAUUCACCAACGCUGCGUGGAUUAAGAGGAGUAGACCGAGCCUGAAUGUGGAAAGUGUCGACGCCUCGCACCUGUCGGAAGUUGACGAAGGGACAGACGAUGCUAAUGAGGGUGCAGAUGGAGAUGAGGAGAGUGAGGAGGUUCUCGUGGCGGCUAGAUCGCCUCCCAUUCGAAUAUUUUCACAGUGCUACUAUGAUUACCUGGCCAAAAGGAUUGAAUGCUAUCCGAAAUUCGACAUCGUUCCACUUUGA